AUGGAUUUCUGGCCAGAGUUUCUUGCAAGUAGUUCAGGUAGAGAGUUUGUGGCAGGUGGAUUUGGAGGCAUUGCUGGUGUGAUUUCUGGUUAUCCUUUGGAUACUCUUAGAAUCAGACAACAGAGUUCAAAGAAUAAUGGUUCUGCUUUUGGAAUCCUUAGGAAAAUGGUGGCUAGAGAAGGAGCAGGUUCUUUGUACCGUGGCAUGGCUGCACCAUUGGCAUCAGUGACUUUUCAGAAUGCAAUAGUUUUUCAAACAUAUGCAAGUCUAUCAAGAGCAUUUGAUCCAUCUGAUUCAGCUAAAGACCCUCCAUCCUACAAAAGUGUGGCAUUAGGCGGAAUCGGCACAGGCGGUCUUCAAAGUUUAUUACUAUCACCAGUAGAGCUCAUCAAAAUUCGACUUCAGUUGCAAAACACAAAUCAAUCAAAAGAAUCAACAACAACAACAACAAGUCCUAUAAAAGUAGCUAAAAACAUAUGGAGAAAAGAGGGUCUCCGCGGCAUAUAUCGAGGACUCGGCAUAACAGUAAUAAGAGAUGCACCUUCUCAUGGAGUUUACUUCUGGACAUAUGAAUACAUGAGGGAGCAUUUCCAUCCAGGUUGUCGAACAAGCAGUAAAGAAAGUCUGAAUACUAUGUUGGUGUCGGGAGGAUCAGCGGGCGUAGCAAGCUGGGUUUGCUGCUAUCCUUUUGAUGUUGUGAAAACAAGACUACAGGGACAAACACUGUCUGCAAUCAAAUACAAAGGAAUUUACGAUUGCUUCGCGAAAAGCGUUAAAGAAGAAGGUUAUCAGGUCUUGUGGCGCGGUUUAGGAACCGCGGUUAGUAGAGCGUUUGUGGUGAAUGGUGCUGUAUUUGCUGCUUAUGAGUUUUCAUUAAGAUUUCUGUUUAACAAUGGUAACAUUCAAAUGCAGGAAACACUUUAG